AGCUGAGUCGCCCACCUGAAAAGUCGCCAAAUAUACAUAUAUGUAUGGCAUAGUGUCCCUAGAGACUUCAAAAUAAAUAACAUUUAAAUAAAUACUGAAGUAAAUGAUUGAGAUAAAAGCAAAGUUAGUACGCGCUGAUUCGGCAAUAUAUGCCACAGGGGAACGAGUAGAAUGUCUCAUUGAAUUUACACACAGUAGCAUGAUUGGUGACGAUAACAGUCGGGUGGAAAAUUUAGCUUGGGCUUCUGCACAGUUGCACUGUUAUCGCAAAACUCACUACAAUGUUACCACUGGCGACAAAGUAAAUGAAUUGGCGGAACUAGUAGGAAAAACGGCAUUGGAUGCUGUAACACAAGCGAGUGGGGACAUCAUAAUCGCUACAAAGCCUAAGAUUUUAUUCUGUGAUUUAAAAUUGUUGCCCGGGGAAACAAAAAUAUAUUUCUUUAAUGAAAUUUUACCUCGUAACGGGCCACCAACAUAUCGAGGGCAUGAUAUUAAGUAUUUCUACAAGAUUACAAUAGCCACGCAACGAGUGAAAUCCAAGGUGCAAAUGCUUACAGUGCCUAUACGUGUUUUACCUAUUCCAAUUUUUGCGGGCCCAGAUGAGAUGCAUUGUACAGAAGAAACAAAUGAUGAACUAGCGCCCACAAACCCUUUUUUAGAAAAACGGGAAAUUUCAGAAUUGGAGAUAUCAUGGCAUCACCUUAAGAACGUAACCGCCCGUCGUGCACCUAAAUAUUACCGUAUUUCUAACAAGCGUGGAUUUGUGGGCCGCUUUUGCUUGUUUAAGUCCUCUUACAAAAUUGGCGAAGACAUUGUUGGCAGUCUGGACUUUAGUGACUGUAAAGUACGUUGUGUACAAUUUUCAGUGAAGCUCCAAUCACAAGAAAUAAAUCUAAAAAGCAUCACCAAUCAGGUAGGCGGGGACUUUAACGAUGCUUCGUCAAUAAAUUCACUCGACUUGGCAAGUAUUGCAAGCGGUACAGCAGUCGACAAUCUACAUAAAUCGAAGACAUCCGGUAGUACACGCAAUGCAGAAGUAGACGAGCCUAUAGGAAAAGUGAGCACAUUUGCCACGAUACACCAGGUCUGCUAUGCCAUGACGAAGACCUCUGUGAUCAUACCCAUUCCAUUACAUGUGACACCGUCAUUUCACACCGAUUUAGUUGAAUUACGCUGGCGAUUACACUUUGAAUUCGUCACAAGCAUAAUGAUGAACUUUGGUACGCCUAAUCCAACAGAAGGAGAACUUAAAGCUCCCGCAGAAAUACCUGUCGAAACGAUGGUCUGGAAUCUGCCAAUUACGGCAAUAUACGCUGCUAAUCCUCUUCAAAUAUAUUCCCCAAGUCAAACUCAUAAUAUAUUUAUUAAGUAAAGGACUGUGUUCCCUCUGUAUUUUUAAUAAUCAAAUCAUAAUAAAUAAACAUACAUAACUUGUAUGCAAAGUUA